CUUAGUAAGUGCAAAGAAAUAAUCGUACUUUGUCAACAGAGAGAACGUAAACAAAAUAUUGUGCGUGUGUGUUGUCAUCGAAUUUUGCAGAGGACUGCGUCAUUUCAUUUUGGUCUCACAUUUAUCUUAUAGUGACAGUACUAAUGUGAUCAAUUGAAAUGAAUGCUGUGAUAUCAUUGAACCAUUUCUGUGAACUCCAUGGACCCAGUGUGUUAUUUUGCACACAGACCUUUCAUGAUACUGAAGAUGAUCCAUUGUAUAAUGCUGCUACAGAUGAAAGUAAACACAAAAAGUUCUAUGGAAAAGUUAAUGUUCUCAACUCAGCUGCAGAAUCUCCUGCAAGCAAUUCUUGUGAGGCAUGCCAGUCAUUCAAUAUGCAAUAUCUUGGGUUCAUCAGCAAUGACCAUGAAAACCGUACAAGUUAUGUCAGCACACGCCAUCCGCUUCACCAUAGCAUCGCAACAUUAGUUCGUCAGGCUUGCAUCCGUAGUCUUAGUUGUGAGGUAAGCCCAGGGAAAGAAGGGCCUGUAUUUUUUGGGGAUGAGAUAAGAGGUCACGUUUUAAGUCAUACCUUUUUUCUGAAAGACGCACAAGCAAGGGGCUUUCAUCGAUGGUACAGCCUAACAAUACUGAUGCGAGAUAAGUUAUUCCUACUGAAUUCGUGGCCAUUUCUUGUCAAGAACAUGAAGGCAAUUAUUGAAGAGAUGCAGGCCAAAGCAUGUAAGGUGUAUGAAUAUGAGCAGUCUCAGUGCCCACAACGUGCCCUCAGAUUGUCAGCAGACAGUUCAGUAUACAAACAACACUCAGCAAAUAAACCGUCUCGUUCUGUAGCUGAGCUCACCAGUGAUAACAACAUAUUUCCACAACUUCAUUGGUGGUUCACGUGGCUCCUUAAGUCUGGAACUAGUUAUAUGGUGGAACGUGCUAUUGAUGUUCUUCCAGUAAAGGAUCCAACACCUGCCUGGGAACAGCAGCAUGAGACAGAAGAAGGCUUCAUGUUAGUGACAGCAGCCACACCUCCACAGCCAUCCAGGAGAAAUGUGCCAGUUGAAAGAGCUGCACCUGCUUCAGCCCAGGAGGUAGACGAUGAGCUGAAUAAUGAUGAGAGCAAAUGUGUGUCAGAGCUGCGUGCCCUACGAGAGGUCCUGGGCACGCAGUCAUUCCUGACACUUGCUUAUGCACUUAUGGUUGGCUACCAAGUUGUUGUUCGUGGCCAGCCACGCUCUCUCGUCAUAUCUCUUAUAAAGAAUCUUAAGGUCCUUAUACCACAGACAUGUUGCAGAGCUGUUCUUCACUCUGAGGAGUAUUUGGAUCCCACUCAUUGCAAUUUACUUGGCCUUGAUUCAUGGGUAGCAGCACCACAACCAAGUUAUACUGUAUUACGUGUGGACAUUCUCCCAACGAACCCACCUCAGUACAAGCUGACCUGGGGAGGGACUCUGCCAAUGAAGUGCCCAACUGUGCUCAUAAAAAUUGAAAAGGCCCUGGAAAAUACAAAACUAAGUGAUACUGUUGUCCAGUAUCAGCUAACGGCCUUGAAGGAGGAAUGGAUGAACUCUUUAAUGGUUAUACAAUGUCCCAACAUGGAUAGAGGAGGUAGUCAAAUAAACAGAGGAGACAUCAUCCUAUUGAAGCUCCUGCCACUGAUCAUAGCGAAGAUAACUAGCCAGGUGCACCACCUAGCAGCCCACACACAGGAUGUCACCAAUCUGAUGCAAGCAUUGGGAGCACAAGACCAUGACAGAAGUUUGUUAAACUUCUGGGCUACAGCUGUUUAGUUGCUUUUGAAACUAUACUGAACAAAGGAUAAAGAAGUGUAGUUAAAUCAUUGUGAUAUUGUACAUAAUGUAAAUAAUUCAGAAGAUUAUGUUUACAUUGUACAAAUGUUUGUUAUCAUCAUCAUCAUUAAUAUCAUCAAUUUUUGCUGUAUCACAUUACAUGUAACAUGUAUAAUUGCCAUCACAAAUGACUUAAGACGAAGUAGUUUUCUGUUAAUAUGUUAUGUGGCAGAUUGCAAUAAUGUAUAAAUUGAAAAUGAUAUGACACUAGACACACAUACAAUGUAAAAGUAUGUAAAUGACCAUUUAUUGAAGGGAAAUGUAUAUAAUUUAAUGACUUAAGUAAUAUAACGUAAAACUGUAUCUGAA